CAUUGAUUCUCUGACUCAACAUGACAGGUUCCGUUAUUUUUACAGUGCAGCUCCAACACACACACACACACACACACACACACACACACACACACACACACACACACACACACACACACACAUCACCCAGAGAAGAAGAAGAAACAGGUGAAGCGAGCAGCUAAGGUUCGUUCCUCUCACUCAUUUUAAAUCCUGAUCCGGGUACAGUUCCCUGCCGGUUGGUGGCGCUAACGCUCCAUUUCCAUGUUUGCCGAUAAAACCCACGAAGAAGAGGCAGGAGGCGGAAGUAGCAGCAGCAGUAGAAGAAGAAGAGGUUUGUUUAGUUCCGUUGUCCUGACAGCAGCAGCCGUUAGCUUCACACAAACACAGAACAUGUCGGCUACCGAGGACGACACCGAGCUCCGGGACCUGCUCAUCCAAAACCUGGAGAAUAGCGGAGUCCUCAACAAGCUCAAGGCGGAGAUGAGGGCGGCGGUGUUUCUGGCCAUGGAGGAGCAGGACAAAGAGAAUAAAAGUCCUCUGAUCAACGAGAAGCUGAAGACGUGUCUCAACACUAAAGACGGUCGCCUCGUGGCCAGUCUGAUCGUGGACUUCCUGCAGGUCUUCAACCUGGACUUCACCCUGGCCGUGUUCCAGCCGGAGAUCAACUCGCUCAACGGUCUGGACGGUCGGGACCUGGUCUGCAGAGACCUGGGUCUGUCAGAGUCCGAGGUGAACAGGAACUCUCCUCUGCUGCUGGAGCUCAUCAGGAGAGGACGACACAGAGAGAAACAGACGGCUGGCUCUGAGGGAGACAGAACCAUCCCCAAGGAACCGUCUCAGAAACAGAUCAUAAGCGCCCAGAAGAAAUUUGACCUUUACGACAAGGACCGGAGCGGCUCGGUUUUAAAAGAGGAUCUGAAGAGUGUCUUCACAGACCUGUUCCCCGGUUUGAACAAGAACAUGUUGGAGAGGUUCAUCAGUGACGAGCUCCGAGCUGCCGACAAAACUUUCUCUACAGUGAUAGAGUUCCAGGUGUUUCUGGGAAUGUACAAGCGUCUCUUCGCUCAGUGCAGAAGUGUGGUCGUUCAGGACUCUGAUGUCGGCCGACCUCAGGGCCCCUCCCCUGAGGAGAGAACCAGCUCUCCACCUGUCAGUAAGAUCCCCAGGUUUAAAGGCCAGAGACACAGAGGACAGAGUCAGACAGCAGCCCAGGACUCGGACCGAGCGUCGUCUCUGGGGAAAGGAGACUUCCAGCAGCAGGCGUCCGACAGCAGGACCUCCUCCUUCGGCCUAAAGAGGGAGCGUCUGGACCUGGACCUGGAGGUGGAGGACGACCUUGAUGACGGAGACUCGUUCUUCGACGACCCGCUGCCCAAACCACAAAAGACCUACGGCUGUCGUAGUUCUCCGUUUGGAGAGAAGGACUCAUCAGAGAGGACCGACUCUCAGAGGGACGUUGUCCCUCUGAGGGAGGAGUGUCUCUCUGGCCCGGUCGUCUCCCCCAUGAGGCGAGGCAAAAGCCUCAACGAUCUGUCUGUCCUGGCCUGUGACUCAGAGGGCGAGCGAGACGAUCGUCUGUCUGAACACGGUCAGAGCUCUGAGCUCAGGAAGGUGGAGGCGUCCGGGGCCAGAGAGAGUCCUGCAGGGUCCCUGCCUGAGGCUCCGAGACCAGGAGGAGGAGGACGAGCAGGAGGAGGAGGAAGUAGCACAUCAGAGCAGAGCCACAGCAGGAACGGAGAGAAGGGAUUCAGAGACUCGAAGGCUCUGAAUGAUAAAACUGGAUCUCUGCAUUUAGAUGACGACGUUGAAUAUGACGACGACUUUAACAGCCAUCGCUCAGAUUUCUCCAAGAGCGAGCUGAGUAUCGGUGAGGAGAUUGAGGAGGUUUCCAUCGAGGGACCCGACAACAGCGACAAGUUUGAUGAAACCACUCAGGACCUGAGCGUCUCUCAGCUCAGUCAGAGUCACGGAGCUGAUUACAUGGAGGAGGUGCCCUGACUCUCCCAUCAAGCAUCACUACUUUCCUUCCCAUCAUGCAUCUCUUUUUAUCAUCAAUAUUUAAGUCUGUACAGUUUCACUGAGCAAAUAAAUGGAUUUCUACUGAGA